AUGUCAUCAAAGCAUCUGCAGCCUCCAGGACGCCAGAGACGUACGUCCUCUGUUGGCGCCAUCAAUCUCGGCGACACCACGGUUCCAGGACUCACAACCAUGCAAGAGAGUGUGGAGUCCAAAACGGCGGCUCAAGCACGAUUGCGUGCCCUUUCAGAAGCCCCAAAGGGCGAUGCGGACUUGAUGAGAAAGUUUUGUCUAACUUAUCGCGAAAUGAGCUAUAGACAUACAUGGUUAACUCCGCUUGUAUUACUUGCAGCUGUUUACGGUGCCUACUUCCUCUCCGGCAACUUGACACCGUCAAACCCAUUGCAUCCAUUUGUGGCAGUGUCGUAUCAGGUCGGAGACUCCGACAUGUAUGGUAAGGGUAUUCGUGAUCUAUGUUUUGUGUUUUUCUACAUGAUAUUCUUUACGUUCCUUCGCGAGUUUUUGAUGGAAAUGGCUUUACGCCCCCUAGCAUCUCUCAUGGGCAUUGUUGGCGAGCAAAAGACGAAGCGUGUUAUGGAACAGACGUACUCGAUGGUAUAUUAUGGAAUAUCGGGGCCAUUUGGCGUUUAUAUCAUGUAUUAUACGGAUUUGUGGCUGUUCGCGACCAAGCCGAUGUAUGCAACAUACCCCGACCUGACAAAUCAAUUUCUUUACAAGGUUUUCUACCUUGGCCAAGCUGCCUUCUGGAUGCAGCAAGCUUGUGUUAUGGUGCUACAGCUGGAAAAGCCAAGAAAAGAUUUCAAAGAACUGGUUUUUCAUCAUAUUAUUACUUUGGCUCUCAUUUGGCUCUCAUAUGUCUUCCAUUUUACGAAAAUGGGCCUUGCCAUUUAUAUCACGAUGGACAUCUCUGAUUUUUUUAUAUCCUUAUCCAAAACUUUGAACUACAUGGAUUCUAUUCUAACACCACCAUUCUUUGUCUUGUUUGUGAUCAGUUGGACGUAUUUGCGUCACUACGUUAAUCUAAAAAUUUUAUGGUCUGUUCUAACUGAAUUUCGCACUGUUGGUAACUACACGCUGGACUUUGCCACCCAACAAUACAAAUGCUGGAUUUCGCUUCCUAUCGUUUUCACCUUGAUAUUUGCUCUACAACUUGUGAACUUAUAUUGGUUACUUUUAAUCUUGAGAAUUCUCUAUCGGCUAUUGUUCAAAGGUAUCCAAAAAGAUGAAAGGAGCGAUACGGAAUCGGAAGAUGAGGGAACAAGCGCCGAAGCUUCAGCCAGCGGCACCAUUGAGAGCUCACAGAAAUCAGACAAAAAGAAGGAGAAAUAA